AUGGAUGAGAUCCAUUUGGAUGGGAUUUCUGAGUUUGUUCUGGCGGAUGGAGUUCUCAGGUACGGUUCUCGACCGUGUGUUUCAGAUUCGGAUGGUUUGAGAGACCAGAUUUUGGAGGAAGCACACAGGUCAGCAUACAUUGUUCAUUCGGGUUCUACCAAGAUGUAUCAUGAUCUUAAGGUGGCGUACAAGUUGGCGUUACCACCAGAUAUGUCGUUGGUUCAUCCAGUGUUUCAUAUUUCCAUGUUGCGGAAGUGUAUUUCUGAUCCUUGUCACGUGAUUAUACCGCAGAGUGUUGAGAUUGAUCGUGAGUUAUCUUAUGAGGAGCAGCCUGUCGAGAUUGUUGAUGCACAGGUUCGUAAGUUACGGAGCAAGGAGAUUCCGAUGGUCAAGGUUCUUUGGCGGAACAAUUCUAUUGAGGAGUGCAUUUGGGAGACCGAGUCGGAUAUGCGGAGUCGCUAUCCUUUUCUAAUUCCUUGA